CUUCCCGACCCGAAGUCGUCAGUCGUCAGUUGGAGGCAAAAUGGCGACGGUUAAGGCUGCUUCUGUUGUUACUCGCCAAGUUCGUCCAAUAUUGUCUUUGACUCAAGAAGACUCUCGGAGAAGAGUUCUUGCCUUGUACAAAGCUUGGUAUCGCCAGAUCCCCCACAUAGUUUCUGAAAUUGAUAUUCCCAAAAACCAGAAGCAGUGUCAAGAAAAAUUAAGGGAAGAAUUUUUAAAGCACAAAGAUGUAAAAGAUAUUCGUGUCAUUGACAUGUUGAUUAUCAAGGGUCAGAUGGAGUUAAAAGAAACAGUAACAAAAUGGAAGCAAGUUGGUCAUGUUAUGGCCUAUUGGAAAGAUACCGUUAACAAGAAGCCAACUGAUUUCCUUGGUAAAUUUCUUGACGGGAAAGAUUAAUUAUUCUUUGUAAUUGUAGACUGUAUCAACAUUUUCUGAUUCACACGGCUGAUUAAAAUCAUAGAUGGUUGUAAAAAUUGUUAAACUUGAAACUGUUUCAUUGUGAAUAGUUGGUGUAAUCCAUUGUUAUUUAAAUAAAGUAGUGAAAACCGAAAA